GUGGGCGGAGCUAAGAGUUGUGUAAAUACAGUCUUACCGGCUUUUCGCAGCAGAUCAGGGGAGACACGAUAAGAGCUGGAGCAAUAAAGCUCGACGGACAUUUUACCGCUUUCAACAGACUCAACCAUGAGCAAGGACACGGAGAUCGACAUGGAGGAGGUGAAGCUGAACGAGGUGGACCUGGAGAAGCAGCCUAUGACCGGAGACGGCCCCGCUCCCGCCGGGGAGAAGAACGGCAGCGUGAAGCUGAAGGUCCCCGACGACGACGUCACCUUCACCGGCCUGUCCAAGGAGGAGCUGAUGAAGGUGGCCGGCACCCCGGGGUGGGUGCGGACCCGCUGGAUGCUGCUGGUCCUGUUCUGGUUGGGCUGGGUCGGCAUGCUGGCCGGGGCCAUCGUCAUCAUCGUCCAGGCCCCUCGCUGCAAACCCGUCCCAGAGAUGAACUGGUGGAACAACGGCCCCCUGUACCAGGUGUCCGACCUGGACGCCUUCUGCGGCGGGAUGGAAGGUCUUGAAGCAAAGUUGGAACAGCUGGCCCAGAUAAAGGUCAAAGGUCUGGUUCUUGGUCCGUUUCACCAAGUACAAAAGGAUAACCCCAGCACCCUGGAUUUUAAGAAGACCGACCCAACAUAUGUUACGGAUGACAUCUUGGAGGCUGUGUUGAAGAAGGCUGACAAGAAAGACAUUUCUGUGGUUCUGGACCUGACUCCAAACUACAAGGGAUCUUCUCCGUGGUUCUCCAGAGAUGAUGAAGUAAUCAAGAAUGAAGUAAUGGAGAAACUCAAGGUUGCAGCAGAGUACUGGAUGGGACGCGGCGUUCACGGCAUCAAGGUGCCCGACAUGGAUUUGGCCUCUGGCUUCUCUGGGUGGUCCAGCCUGAGCGCCGCUAUCCACAGCAACGCCACGGCGGACGACAAGAAGAAGAUGGCGCUGAUGGGCGUGGUGGACGGUCUCUCAGCUGUCCAGGUGUCCAACUUGGUCAACACCACCGACGUGGACCUGGUUCUGCCUGACCUCCUCAGCACCAAACGUGACGGUGUGGAGCGCAUCAAAGCUGUGGACGCCCUCUCCUCUCAGCAGCGCAGCGUGGGCUGGGGCCUCGGCGCCAGCAAGCUGGAGCCUCUGUCUAAAGUGGCGACGUCUCCGGACCUGCGGCGUCUCUACCAGCUCCUGCUCUUCACCCUGCCCGGGACCCCGGUGUUUACCUACGGGGAUGAAAUCGGCCUUCUGCCAACAAACGGUACAAAAUCUCCCAAAAUGAUCUGGGACACGGAGGAAUCUACUGCGGACGAGGCUGCUGACGCUAACAGGACAGAACGCAUCGAUUUGAGGUCCUGGUUCAAAUCCCUCAGUGACCUGCGGGGCAAAGAGCGCUCGCUGCUUUACGGCGACUAUUACCCUCUGGAGUCGUCUGCCUCCUCGCUGGCGUUCCUGCGCGUGUGGGACCAGAGCGAAAGAUACAUCACCGCUGUCAACUGGGGGAAAGAGCCCUCUAAAUUAAAACUGACACUGCCGCCCACAGCUUCUACAGAAGGCGUCGUUUUGCCCAAGAUGGCCAAAGUGAAGCUGUCGACAGACGCAAACAUGACGGCGGAGUCGUCGGUCAGCCUGGAGUCGAUCUCUCUGGGGCCUGAAAAGGCAGUUCUCCUGCAGUUCCCCCUUGUUGUCUGAGGGUGGCGCCAGAGCCGCAGCGGAGUUGUGUGCAGAUCAGAUUUACUGGAGUAGGAGAGUAAGACUCAGCGGGGCUAAAUCUGAGGAGUUGGAUCAGGCAGUAAAAAGAGUCAGGAAAUGUAUUUUCUUACCAGAACAAGAACAUUAGUUGUUGGGGGGGGGG